AGGCAAACAGCAGCCCAGCCGCCUCCAUGUUUCCCACGCGACCGGCGCGCCCGUGCCAACUCCUCCCGCGCCGCCGUCCGUCGGCACGGCAGCCUCGCGACGGGCAGCGCACGGUCGCGAAUUGGCAGCGCUCCGGCGGGGAGCCGCCCGAUAUCGCGGCGACCGCCGUCCUCGGGCCGAGCCGCUCCCGCGGCAGCGCCGGCUCGACUCGGCGUCCCGCCAGGCCGGGCGGCUUCCGUCCUUCGCCGCUUCGCGACCCACCUGAACGCAGCGCCGAUGGCGGCCGGGGAGGCGCCGGGCGCGGAGCGCCUCUCGCAGCUGGCGGAAAAUCUGCUGUAUCGGCUGCAGGAGAAUUUUCAAGCUCUGGCGGAAAGGAUAACGUUUUUACUGGAAGAAAUGGGUGAGCGCAUCAGUGACCUUGAGAAGCACGUUGCUGACCUAAUGGCAGAGGCUGGAAUAGAGAACACUGAUGAUGGAUUGAGACACUGAAAUAAGCAUGUGAGCGAGAAAGAUAAGGGGAGAGCAGCUCUGCACUGACUCUGGAGCGUCAUCGCUUACAGUCAGCGCCUCUACUCACAAAAACCAUCAGUGAAAACAAAUACAC